AUGAAGCAUGUAACAUUCUUCUUUUACGCCAUAUUCAUCCUACAAAACACAUGUUUGAUUGUGCAAGCACAAAAUACAGAGCAAUGCAACACUAUAAUCAACUUCAAUGAUGAUGUUCUGUUCGACACUACUGCCAUGUUUUGCCAAACUGUCUGGUCGAACAAAGAUUACAUUCUUCGGUAUGCACAAGCAGGAUCAGAGCUUUGGAGUUUCCUACUGUCAGCCCCAAACACAAACUCAUGGCUUGGGAUCGGUUUCUCGACCACUGGACAGAUGGUUGGGUCUAGUGCGAUGGUGGGCUGGAUCUAUCAAAACGGGACAGCAAUUGUCAAGCAGUACUACCUGCAGGCUAAAGACCCGGAUGAGGUGACACCUGAUGCAGGUGAACUCAAUGUAAAGAUGAACGCAACCACAGUGUUUACCCGAUCAAACCGCCUGUAUCUGGCUUUCCAGAUCAACACAAGCCAGCCUCGAAAACAGCUGCUCUACGCUGUGGGGCAAUACAAUCGGUUGCCAGCAGCCUCCGAUGGGUUGAAACUGUUACAGCACCGAGAACAAGACAGUGCUUCAUUGGACUAUACUACAGGGCAAAGCGAAACAAGAAGUAUCCCAUACACAACCAUAAAAAGGACCCAUGGUGCCCUAAACAUGAUAGGAUGGGGAAUCUUGAUCCCUAUCGGAGCCAUAGCCGGUAGAUACUUCAGACAAUGGGAUCCAAUUUGGUUUUACUCUCAUGCUAUAAUCCAGAUCUUUGCCUUUGUAUUUGGACUAGUUGGCUUCAUCUUAGGAUUGGUAGUGGAAGGAUUCAUAAAUGCAGAAAUAACACACCACAAGAACCUUGGUAUCCUUAUCCUCAUACUUGGUUGUCUUCAGGUAAUGGCUGUCUUGAUUAGACCAAAAAAAGGAACAAAGCCAAGGAAAUACUGGAAUUGGUACCACCAUAAUGCAGGACGGAUCUUGAUUAUUUUGGCAAUCUCAAACAUAUUUUAUGGUAUACAUUUGGGUAUGGAGGGCUCCAGAUGGUAUAGUACCUAUGCAGUCAUUCUUGCACUCAUGCUAAUCCUGGCUAUUGUCCUGGAAAUUAGAUUAUGUAGACAAACAUAAUUUUGUAAAGUUUGGUGAUUGAGGCACUUGUAUGAUAUGUUUAGCAACCAACUCCAGCAAAAGCUUUGUGGUUUAGGCCCUGAGAUAUGUUACAUGCUUUAGAGGUGGAUGAGAUUGAAUCCAUAACCUAGUUUUUGAUACCAUAUCAAGAAACCACCGAUAUAUGUUAUUACUCGAUCAUGAUAUUGACAUUGACA